AUGGCUCAACGAAGGGCACACAAAAGGAACCUUUCGAAGGGCAUACUGGAUAUGAAGUUCAUGAAGAAGAGCAAAGAAAAAGCAGAGAGAGAACAAGAAGAUUUAGAAAGUCGUGAUUUGUUUGAAACUGACAUCACAAAAGCUCUUAAGUCUUCAGAGGGAGCCCAAUUCAUCAUUGAACAUAGCAUGGUUCCUAUUGAAAGAUUAUUAAAUGGACGAAUGUCUUUCAAAGGAAUGAAUCCUGACGUAGAACGUCUAAUGGAACAAGAGACAAGGGAAUUAAGAGAACAAGAAAAGGCAAGGGAGCGCCUGCAGAGUAACAAACCAGAAAUAAGUGAUGUAGACAUGGCAAAGCGUUUAGGUAAAACUGUUUCUAAGAAGUUUAGUAAUAGUAACAAAAACAAAGAUAGUGAUGAUAGUGAAGAGGAUGAAGAUGAUAGUGAAGAAGAAAGUAGUCCGCCCAAAAGAGGUAAAUUUCUAAAGCCCGCCGAUGAUUAA